AUGCAGGACUUCGAUCGUCGAGAUGGAUUUGGAGUCUUCCGUGACGUAAUUUGGUUGCUUCCAUGGCUUUCGAAUCAUUGUAGAAGCUUAGAUGCGGAUCCACAUGUUCAAUUAAUGUCAGCGAAAACAUCCAAAGUACUAUCGUGGUAUCAGUCAACGGCGGAUAAACGGAUACUACGAAGGCACAAGAUUGGACCGCCCGAUGUGCACCCACAAGAGCCGCGACAGGAGGAAGACAACCUAAGUAAUGAAAGAUUGCGGAAGGGAUAUCAGGUGGGGGCGACACCAUUUGAGCACGAAUCUUUGGUGUUCAAUAGUCGAUCAGCAAAACUUGACCGACUUGAUGAAGCCCACGCGAAAUCCACAGCCCUGCUCAAUUUUGUUCUCCACAGAAAAGGUGAAAUUAACGCCAAUCUCGACAAGGAACGAAGGAAGAACAGGGAAACAGCAGGCGCCCAGUUUGCUUCUGCAAAAGCCAAGGAGCGAGCUGUGUGGUUCACCGAUCUCGCUCGAGGCAAGGCUCUAUCUCAGCUAGCUAAAAAGGUGCCGACUAUAAAGCGCCGCGAAGAUGGUCUCGAGUACCUGUGCGAUUACAGGAUACCGCCUUUUCGAGCGCUGUGGUACUUGAAAGUCACUGCUGCACUCACUGGAAGCCCAAACACAACCAAGCAGAAGAAAUCAAUCAGUGAUUUGUUCUCUGCAGAAUACAAGGAAAUAUUCGUGAAAGCUAUUAAGGAUCUAACUAGUCGGAUGUGGUGCGUCAAUGAUCUCUCAACGUGUCCUAUUUAUAAGGAGCGUUGGCUUUACAUAUCAAAUUUGAGUAAAAUGGCAUUUGAGGAUGGCGUAAUUGAACGACAAGAUUUCUUGAAUGAGUUGUGCGAUAUAUUCUCUGAUUAUUUUGUUCGCCGAGUGAAAAAUGAGGAAAAGCUCCCACAGUUACGAAUUUAUUUAUUGUUCUUGACACAAUUUCUGCGACAUAUCAACAACAACCUUAUCCUGGCUCGACGGCUAGCUCAUAUGAUAGCAAUGAAGCUCCGGCUGUAUAAAAUGGAAUACGAUGAACAGAAUAAUACUGUUACGAAAGGAGCAGAAGCCUUCACAGCCUUGGCCCAGUGCUCAGCUUUUCGUCCUGUUAUUCACGUUUUGAUAGCAGUUUUACAAAACAUAGUCAUUGAUGCGCCUGCGGCUGUCAUAUGGAAUAAAUUCAGGGUCUCAACAACAGAUAAACUCCCAUUUAUUUUGUCCCAGCUGUGUGGAUCACCUCUGGACCUGCUCCCAUGUGCUGUUCAUGAGUUACCACUCACUCCAGGAAAAGAUUCUGAGAGGUUCGCGGAGCUUCUAAAGCUUCGAACGACGGAAAUAGUGCGUCGUAGCCAGGCCGUGCAGGAUAAAUGGUCCUUCAACCAAAAAGAGCAAUUUGCCUUCGCGAAGCUGGUGAAUGGCUGCCUUGAUGUGAUAGGUAUUCUCGACUCAACUGAUGUCUUUGAACCAAAUAUUUUACCAGCAGUCACAACGCGAAUAUUUAAUUUCCAGUCAGAAAACUGGGCUGAAGACGUUCUGAUAAGAAUAAAACUCAUGCUGCACUGGGCUGUUACUGCGGAACGAGAAGGAAGUCACAGAGCAGUCAUUGUAACAAAGGUCAUAUACAACCAAGUUCUCAAUCAGCAAUCCUAUAUGUUUGGCCCAUUCCACAUGCAGGAUAUUAUUCUCAAUUAUUUCUACACGGAAGCACCGACGGUUGGAUCGAAAUACUAUCAUCAAGAAUUUGCAUCUUUGGUUACUUUGUUCAUUGAGCUGUCCCGUUUCAAGUUGUUUAUGCAUGAUUGUUUCGUCAAGGAAUUAAUCAAAUCCGGAGAGCUCGACUAUCAGCGACCGGUCAUGGAUAAAUAUAAAAACGAGAAUAAAGCUACGGAUGUUAUCUCGUCCUCGCUGAUUUCGGCUCAGUUCGAGGACCUCACGCCAGAUGAGCCUCCGAAGCCGACAAGUUUGAUCUCCUUCAGACAAGAUGAAAAGGACGAACAUAUCUACUUGAAUGAUCCAAUGUCCAUGAACGACAGAAUCCUCAUACAGAUGCCGCUUCGUCAAACUGAGGAACACCGAAGCGAGGCAAAUCAACGAGCGCUUGUUCUGUACGGCAUGGAUGAUGUCCGGGAGAAUCAUAAAGCUGAAAUGAAAAAGAUUGCCAAAGAAAUAUGCAAAAUCUGGCAAAAGAAAAUCUAUGUGCAGUUUGCUGAGGGUAACGAAGUGCCAAUAUGCAAGCAAUCCAUCAAUUCACAAAAGAUUGUUGAGAUUCUUGCUAGGUUCCGGAGCCAGACGUACUACGACCAAAUGAUGAUCUGUGGAUGGUGUGCGGAGUCCUUUUCUGAUAUGAUUCGUGACUUCGUUUUUGGCCAUUCCCUGCAGAUGCCCACUUCGGAAGGUCUGGAUAUCAUCUGUGGGAUGUUUGAGGCUGCUCAGUACAUUUAUGGGAUAUUCGAGUUGUGUGAAGCAGUUACUCCCCUGCUCCUUUCUGCAGAGAAAGUGAUUCGGUCGUUAGCUGCAGAUGUGAUCCCCGGCAGCAUGUCCGGUCAGUUAGGAUAUGUAUUCGUGGCGUAUAUCUCAAGACAUUGGCAUUACUUUCUGCAUUCUGAUUUGGCUCCAGUUAUCACCAAUCAAUUAUAUGAACUGAUCGAGCGAAUGAUCCGUGCACACGAAUAUCCAGUGACGAGUUGGGGUAGAACAAUUGCCGCUUUCGUAUAUCACUCGAAAUGUCAACUGAAAAAGAGCCAGCUCUCUGAUAUAAAGUUGCAUGGAGCUCACGAUGAUUUCCGGCAUGUUUUCAAUCAUGGAAGUUCUUCGUAUAAUGGAGGGAGCCGUUACAACGCAUUAUUCUUCAAAGACGUCUUCGAGAAGAAACUGCGAUUUUUCUCCUACCACGAGUACAAAAAGAGGCUUCCUUCGUUUGGUCAACUUUAUAAUCGCUACUCAUUCGUCAUCAAUUCCUUCAUCGCUGCCAAGAACUUUAUGCGUGAUCACGACCGAUUGGCCGAUCUCGCUGCUUUUUGCGGUCAUAUUUCAGCCCAAAUUCCUGCACUAGCGGAUGAAUGGGUUGCAGCAAUAAAAGCGCUGUGUUGUACGAGUGGAAGUCAGUACACGGGUUAUGGCGAGCUCCUUGCUCAUAUUGAUAUAAACGACUGCUCGACUCACUACCCGCUGGCAACAUUUGUGUUGUUGCUGGCCGGCAAAUACGCCUUUAGUGUGCCGCGUUUGAUCGCGCGUUUAAUCGCCGAACUUCUAAACAACGCAUUUCCUGUGGUUAUGAAGAGGGAACAGAGCUCUUUUGUGUCCGGACGCUACAAUGUGUCAGAGCAUUACGUGGGCACUAGUCCGAAAGUGAAGUUGCUUCCAAAAUGUGCGGACGAGCAUAUGUUGUCGAUGAUUCACUGGUGUGAGAUGGACAGCGUGCUUUUUCCGAUGUUGAGCAAUAUUUGUAUCCUUAUGGACACUUUACGAGGACGGUUCAAGGAUUUGGAUUUUGAACCCAGCCGAAUUAUUGAUUCUACCAACUAUCGAAGAGAAUACCUUAUGAUAAUGCUGAAGGCGACGCAGUCAAUAAUUUGUGAGGAAGACUGGGUAACAUUGAAGAUGUUUCGCAUUGUGGAGACAAAUCGAAUGGAGGCAUUCAAUCAUGAUCGGCUGAAACAGAACUGUCUUGGUCAGCAGUUGCUGCGAUUGGGUAUUCGUCGUCGAAGUGAGCGUGAAGUUUUGCGUGAACUCUCUGUCUGCAAUGGGAAUUCAAAAAAGGCGCUGAUUGACAAGUUGUUGGCAGUGAUGAAUAUGUGGAACAUGAGAGCUACUCUUUUCGAUCUAAUGCUCAUGAUCAAGGAGAUCUCUCCGGAAGGAGCGCAGAAACAUGCACAGCAGAGCGCAAUUGCAGCGGAUGCUCUCAUGGGUGAAAUCGGGAAGUGUUGUCGUGAUUUGUUCACGAAUGCACAUAAGGAAGGUAUCCAGCUACCAUCAGCAAUAUUGGGUCGAGAUUUCCGCUUUAAGCAUGUCACCAACUUUUGGUUGAUUGCACUGCUAGUACGCCUGUGUCCUCAACCGAGCAACGUGCCGAACCAAUUUCAUCAUAUGACGGUAUCUGGCAAGUUUUUGAAAGAAGCCGCAUCUAUGUUAGACACGGCCAAUGACAGCUCCAAAGAAAGAAUACAGCAAAGUGCAUGGCUCCUAUCUCAACAACCGUUCCUAAACUUGGUUCUGGCUUGCUUGAAGGGUGAAGAUUUCCAACCAAACAAAGACAUGCUUGUGUCUUCACUGUAUAAGCAGCUUCUCGAUCUCACCAGUAAAACAAAAGAGAAUCCUGCCUUGCCACUUAUGGAAAAGUUCUCUGCUGAGCGUGAAGGUCUGCUGCUUCGGCUGUCACUUGUUGGCGGUAUCUUCAAACAGAUUUGCCAACCACAGCACAGUGAAGGCUGGUCACACCUUUUCUUCCAAAUGAUGUUGUAUGGUAUGGUUUCGCCGGAUAAAGAUAGGAUCCUGUACGAUUCGUGCUAUGAUAUGCUAUCCACUUUAAUGCUUUGGACAUUGACGGAUCCGUCGACCGCAACGCAGCAAAUGAGUGAGGGAAGCGAACCAAAAUUCAGAUGGCCCUACUACUCAAUCAUUAUCAAGAAGUUGAAGAAGGAAAUAGCAGAUCAAAGAGUCCCUCCUGAACUCCGGGCUCUAUUGCAAUUUUUACCUAUACCAAAGAACACAAUAUCCGUAUUCGCCAUGGAGCCAUAUGGUACUCUUUCUGCAACUAAUGUUCAAAAAGCUUCAGGGGGAGCUGCUCGUCCUGCGAGUCUUCCGGCAUCAGCUCCUCAAAGUGGCUUACGCCGUGGUCGACAUGCUUUGCAAGUGAGCGAGAAGGUGAAAACAUCCAGCUACGAUUUCAUCCAUGCUUACAUUAGUGAGCAGAACACCAAAGGAGGAUGGAAGUGGAGCUGGUUCCAGGGUUCGAAGCUCGACCGUCUUCCUUGUCCGGUGCAGAAGUGGGUAGCCAGACUGUUAGUUCACAAGCAUCAGCUGGAGUAUCAGCGACCUAAUGCAGUAAUCACUGAGGCAAGCGAUCAUUUUCUCUCAGCUCCUGCUGUAGAGGCCACUGGAGAAGCCCCGGCGUUGUCAGUAUCAAGUGCGAAUACACCUGGUACUCAAACACCAGCAACACCGACGGCAUCUAGCGGCGGCGCAUUAGAGGCAACGACGCCUGGAAAUGAGGUGUGUAAGGGUUUGGUCUCGAUCUUGCUUGAUUUAUUUAUUCUUUGCCCUCAGGAACCAAUCUCUUCUCUGAGUUCUGCAGUCGGCACUCCAACCAGAACGGAUGUUCCAGUUGAUGAAGUUACACCAGAGCAAAAUCGUAAUCUUUCCACGGCGUCUAAGCCGGUAGCCUCGCCUCGCGCUGCAGCCCGUGGCGGUCGUAAACGAGGGAACAUCAAUCGUCAGCAUAAUGCUGGGCCUCGACAGAAGAGAUCCGUUUCCCGCAAUGAGCCACCUGGACCAUCUCUUGCUGCAUCAUACAAUCAGCAGUGGCAUAGUGGCGGUCCGAAUCCUGGUAACCCUACUCUGUCUCAGGCAGAUUCUGUUGCUUAUCCUCAACAUCAAGCGCAACAGGUGUCGUCCAACGCUGUCAAGGAUCCUACUAAAACGAAAAUUCAAGAAUGCAUAAAUAAGAAACGACUUGAAGCAGCUCGGAUUUCUGCUGGUUUCCCUGGUCCUACAUCGUCCCAGCCUUCCACGAUUGGGCCAAAUAUGGCGCAAGCGUCGUAUUCGGACACUGGGUUCAACCAAGCAGCUAACAACCGUACGGUCCCAGGUGAUUACCAAACUCAUCAAAAUCAGAACAACUUCCAACAAAACAGCGGUCAACAUCUUCAAACAAUGCUGCAACAGUCGUCCCAAUCAAUGGAUCCAUCCCAUCACCAGCAGCCUCAUCAUCAGAUGCCUGCCCAUCAACAACAGCAGCAGCAACAACAACCUGUUCAACAGUCUUCAUCGGUUGUACAACAUUCAAUGCAACCACAAGUGAUGCAGCAAAUGCAGCAUCACAUGCCGCAACAAAUGCCUCCUGGUUUGCAACAGUCUCACAUGGCAUCGUCUCAGCAAAUGCAGUCACAGCAGUCAAUGCAACAACUGCCGCAACAGUCGCUUUUGCAACAACAGAUGGGCCAGCCACUUGUGCAGCAACAACCAAGAUCAACUAAUAAUCAAGGCAUGGUGGCUAGUCAGCAGUUUGCUCAGGGAGGCGGUUCAGCUCAACAUCAGAGUGGUAUGGGUGGUCCGAUGCAGAUGAAUUACCAAGGGCAACCACAUACGGGACCACAGCAGCCGCAACAGCCACGCAAUCCGAUGGGUCAGUUUGCCUCCAGAGAUGGAACAAUGAAUGUGGAGUAUCAGCAAGGCAAUCGUGGAGGCCGUCAGCAACUACAGAUGGGUGCCCAACCUGGCGUAGUUCGUAAUGGUAUGCCGGGUACACAAAUGAGUGGCCAGACGCACAUGGGAUCUCAGCAUGUUCCUGAUGGUCAUCAGAUGAUGACGCAGCAAAUGGGAGGAAUUCCUGUGGGUGCGCAACAGAUGCCACAUCAAAUGGGUCAAGCUCCGAUGUCAGGGCAGCAGUAUUACAUGCAACAGGACCAAAGAAUGCUGAAUCAGCCUUACAAUCAGUACCCACAGAACAACCAGUUCUAUGCUGUCGUCAGUGAACAGCUAAGUAUGGACCACCAUCGGCGCAUAACUCUACAUGAUAAGCGACGGGUUGUUAUUCAGAGAGAUUAUUCAUCUGGGCUAGAUAUUAAAUUCAGUUCCUACUACCCUACCGAUCUGAGCUCAAAGAUCGAUGAAGACACGUGGAACAAAUUCAUAUGUGAGCUUAACUACCGGUAUGAGAUUGCGGAGAAGGUAUCUUCAGCAACUGUGAUGGAAACGAUUUUUGGCUGCCUUAGCUGCUAUUUGAUAAAACUUUGUAAACGACCUUCCUUCUACAAACAACUAGACGAAAUAGCUGAAUUUAUUGAAUAUUGCAAUCGAGAUAUACUUAUUCCACGAGGUCUGUAUGCGAAAAAUCCCAUCGAAAAAGGAUUUCGUGUUCUGGAGAUCUACCUUAUCUAUGAGCCGUACGAUUCAAAGAUGGAGGUCUGCCAUGAUGUG